AUGAAAUACAUCUAUAAACCAGUAUGGCUAUCUCAUUUGACCCUCUGCUUUGAGAUACCAAAGGAAAUGCUUGCCCUGUAUAUGCUGCUGGAGGAGGCAGGGCACCUGAUGCUUCAGCCUGAAAGUUCUGGGAUCAGCCUGCCACAGGGAAGCAGAGUCCACCUCCCUGCUGGGCAACUUACCAGGUUGGUGCUUCCUGGUGGCUUAGAUGGUAAAGAAUCUGCCAGAAAAGUAACAGACUCAGGUUUGAUCCCUGGGUCAGGAAGAUCCUCUGGAGAAGGGCAUGGCAACCCAAUCUAA